UUUCGCGUCUACCGGCCAACUGGUCACACUCGCCAUUAGUCACUUUUUUACACAAUAAACUUAAAUUAAGCGAAUUUGCAAGCGCUAAUUGUCGGUUUUAAGCAAUAUCGCAGAGAGUUGAGCAGGUCGCAGGCUAUCAAGGAAGAGCGCAAGAAGAUACCUUAGAGGAAAACAGCUGGAAAGAAGUCUUUUAAACGCCGUGACGCACCGAAAAUCGAUUGCUGGGGAAAAACAAAAGGGAAACCAGACAAAGAUUGGCUGAUUUGGAUUCUAUUGACCCCGGGGCAGCGCAGAUUGUUGGCAGAUAGCUGAGCGAGCAGAGCGUUUGGUCAUAAAGAUGGGAAUCUUUGGGCAGUCGUCGCCAUUCGACGCCGACGUGGAAAAGGCCACCAGCGAGACGAACACCAACGACAACUGGUCCCUGAUCCUGGACGUCUGCGACAAGGUUUCGACCAACCCUCGCCUGGCCAAGGACUGCCUGAAGGCGGUGAUGCGCCGCAUGGGCCACACCGAUCCCCACGUGGUGAUGCAGGCGAUCACGCUGCUGGAUGCCUUGUCCAACAACUGCGGGAAGCCCCUCCACUUGGAGGUGGCUUCCAGGGACUUCGAGACCGAGUUUCGCCGGCUGCUGGGCAAGGCACAGCCCAAGGUUUCGCUGAAAAUGCGCCAAGUGCUGAAGAACUGGGCUGAAAAUGACUACAAGAACGAUCGGGAGUUGGACCUGAUACCCGCUCUCUACACCAAGCUGCGCGUAGAGGGCUACGACUUCAAGAAUCUGGGCGAUAAGGCCAGCAAGACGGUCGCCGAGAAGGCGGCCGCCCUGCCCAAGGAUCCCAACGUGGUCAGCAGCCAGCAGGAGGAGGACGACAUCGCCAAGGCCAUCGAGCUGUCGCUGAAGGAGAACAAGGGCAGUCCGAAGACCGGAAGUGGGGCCAGUGGAGCCGGCACCGCCAGUGCCUAUCCCUCGCUGUAUCCCUCGUUCGGCGGAGCCACCUCCGGCGCCCCGAGCAGCGAAGCGAUUGCCACUCCUGCCCCGGAGCCCAGAAAGGUUCGAGCCCUGUACGACUUCGAGGCGGCGGAGGAGAACGAACUGACCUUCGUCGCGGGCGAGAUCAUUCACGUGCUGGACGACAGCGAUCCCAACUGGUGGAAGGGCUAUAACCAGCGCGGCGAGGGCCUCUUCCCCUCGAACUUUGUCACUGCCGAUCUGUCCGUCGAUCCCGAGCGCCUGGACAUCAAUCAGCAGCACAAGUCGGCCGCCGCCGCCGGCCAACGAGAGUUGGAUUCCGCCGCGGCCCUGCAGCAAAAGACUGAAGCGGCCGCCGCUGCCGCAGCUGCGCAGCCCGUUGAGAUCGACGAGUCGAAGAUUGAUCGGCUGCUGCAUCUGCUGCACGAGGCCAAUCCCGAGGAUCCGUCGCAGGACAGCGACGAGAUGCUGCAGCUGGAGCAGGAGGUCCAUCAGAUGGGUCCGAUGAUCGACGCCGAGCUGGAGCGCGUGGACCGCAAGCACGCCCAGCUGACGCAACUGUCCAGCGACCUUGUGGAUGCCAUCAAUCUGUACCAUACCCUGAUGCGGGACGACCGGGCUGCUGCUGGACAAUUUGCUGCCGCUGCUGGCGGCUUUAUGCCCGGACUGGCUGGCUUUCCGGGUGCCGCUCUGUACGGCGCUCCCGGCUACCCAGCAGCAGGUGGAUUCCCUCCGGCCCAGAACUACCCGGGCAUGCACUCGCUGCCCUAUGGCCCCGUACCAAAUCCUCCCGCUGGUGCUCCAUCGCAGGCUCCUGGAGCUCCCGGUGGCUAUCUGGGACAGCCGCAAGGACAGGUGCCACUGCCCUAUCAAAACGGACAUGGCGCACAGAUGAAUUCGCUGCCAGCCCAUUUGACUCAGCCAGCUGGUGCUGCUCCUUUGCCGCAGCCAAUCUACACUCAGCCCACUCCUGUGACCACCCAGCAACAGCAGCCGCUACCGCAGCACCCUCAGCAGCCACCACAGCAUCCCCAGAACAGCUACCACAUCGACCCCCAGUCGCAGUACGCCCAAGUUCCGCCCGCAGUCACACAAAUCCAACAGACGCAGCAGCCCCCGGCUCCCCACGCCUACAUGUCGCCGCAGCAUCAGCAGCCGCCGCCUCCACAGGGCUACCAGCCAGGACCAAAUCUGUAUGCCCCGAACGGAUCGCCAGCCGUCAACCCACAGAGCUACAUGUCACCGCAUCAGCAGCAGCAACAGCAGGCGCCACAGCAGCAGCAGCACCCACCACACGAUCAGUUCAGUCAGCUGCACCAGCAGAUGGCCGCCAUGUCCAUGGCUGGCGGUCCGCCAGUUGGGGCGCCCGGCUAUCACAUGCAGAACGAUGCUGUCAAGAACAACAUUCCUAUCUACCAGCAGCAGCGGUAAGACCGCUGAAAUAAAGGGAAGCCCUUCACUUGGCUUGCUUUACUUUGCCCAAUCCGAACUUUGUUUGCAGUCUGUCAAAGGGAUGCAAACAAGUAUUUUAGCUUCGGAUAGCUUUUCGGUGAACGAAAGUUGUCAAAUCUCUAUGUAUAUUCUGUGAGGGCCGCAAAAAGCAAUUGUCAGUGAACCAAAAAUUUCGACUGUCCUUAAAAAUAAUGAGAGAAGCCAAAUUAAUUUAAAAAGUGUACCCUCACGUUUUUCGUUUUUGAUUUUUUAUAAUUUCCUUUUUUUGGCCAACCUAUUUGUGCACCUAAACAAUAUAUUUUUGUGGAGAAAGGAAAAAUGCGUCGAAAAAUAUAUAUAUACCAUAUAAAUAUUCAAUAUCCAACACCAUGUAUAACUUUGUAUUUAGUGCAGGAGAGAUAACUAUUAUGUAUUAUGUUUAUUGUACGGAUUAUAUGAUAAAAUUAACGAAACGAAUCACAUUCAUUAAAAUCAUUAAAAUAUACUAA